CUUCCGGGUUCUCUCAGGUGAGAGGUCGAUGCUGCCAGGCUACAAACGCAUAGCGCUCGUUUAUUUCCGUAAACAGCUAAGAUGACAGCUUUGACGUCGUGUGUAACCGGUUUAAAAUGGCUGGCAGCUGAACUUCGGCCUGAAGAAAUCUCAACGGCAACGUAAAUAAAUUGCGCAAGCACUGCGGGAUAUCUCUCAAUUCAGCGCAGCCUGCAGUAAAAGUUUGAAACACGCGGUAACAGUACUGCUCAUGUUGCCCAAAGACUUGUCAGCUCUCCACUCGGCCGGCAGCAUCGCUGUACGAUACUUACACUUGCAGACGCAAGACCGCGUAGCGUAGAGCGCUCUCCUUAUGGACCUCGUGACGUUGCUGCUGUGCGCGAGCCCCGCGCUCUACCUGCUCGUGCAGCUGCUGCGGUUCAUCUGCGCGGACGCGGACUUGACCCUGCUGUGGGCAGCCGCGUUUGGGAGGAAGCCAGAGAAAGUGCUGCGAGGGCAGGUGGUGUGGAUCACCGGGGCCUCCAGUGGAAUUGGGGAGGAGCUGGCCUAUCAGCUGGCCAGCCUGGGGGCGCGCCUCAUCCUGUCUGCCCGUCGACAGAAUGAGCUGGAAAGAGUGAAACGUGGUUGUUUGGAGCGCAGCAGCCUGCAGGAAAAGGAUAUUCUUGUUCUUCCACUCGAUUUGCUGCAGAGGGGAUCCCAUGAAGCUAAAACAAGGACUGUAGUCCAGUACUUUGGCAAGAUUGAUAUCCUGAUCAACAAUGGUGGGCGUACCCAGCGCUCUCUGUUCCUGGACACCGGUAUGGAGGUCUACCAGGCCCUGAUGGAUCUCAACUACCUGGGCACUGUGUCACUCACCAAGCAUGUGUUGCCACAUAUGACAGAGAGGGGGACUGGUGCUGUAGUGACAGUAAGCAGUGCAGUGGGGCUGGCAGGGGCACCGCUGGCCACUGGGUACUCCGCCAGCAAACAUGCCCUACAGGGCUUCUUCAACUCCCUGCGUGCAGAGCUGGCACACUAUCCCAGGAUCACCAUUAGCACCGUGUGUCCUGGGCCUGUGCAGUCACAGAUCGUCCAGAAUGCCUUCUUGGAACAGCUGGACCAGAGGGUCACUCAUGCAGGGGACCAGCAGUACAAGAUGUCCACCUCUCGGUGUGUUCGUUUAAUCUUGGUGGGCAUCGCCAAUGACAUCAUGGAGAUGUGGAUCAGCGAGCAACCAUUCCUCCUGUUCUUCUACCUAUGGCAGUACACUCCCACCUGGGCCUGGACCAUCACCAACAUUUUAGGGAAAAGAAGGGUGCGGAAUUUCAAGGCUGGACUGGAUGCAGACUCUGCCUACUUCACAAAGGCCAAAACAUCCUGAAAACCCCUUUUCACAUGGGGUUUUCUGUGUGUGGAUCUUGGCCAACUCUACAAAAAUAGAGUAGCAAUCCCCUCUGGAUCUGUAGUGCUUUUCCCGUUACUUGAAUACUAAAGACAGAAUAAAAAUGGUUCAAAGGCUGA